CACCAAAGGUGCGGGGACAUUUCAGGUGAUGUCUGUGUGAGAGUAAACAGCACUGUGUUAGCAGAAAGACUCCGCAGUACCAUCAACAGCAGGACAAAUGUCUCCUUUGGAGGAUUUUGUUUUCUUCCUCUUCUCCAGUCCCACCACUCUGUUAGGGGCUGUUGCUCUUCUACUCGUCCUCUAUCUUGUCUCUGGUAGCUUUACCUCCCAUAAAGUGGGGAAGGAGCCUCCAGGACCGAGGCCUCUUCCCCUGCUUGGCAACCUCUUGCAGCUUGAUCUCAAGAGACCCUACAAAACCCUCUGUAAGCUUUCAAAGAAAUAUGGGUCAGUGUUUACGGUGUACUUUGGAACCAAUAAAGUUGUGGUCCUAGCUGGAUACAAGACAGUCAGAGAGGCUCUGGUCAGCAAUGCAGAAGAGUUUGGAGAUCGAGACAUUGCCCCUAUAUUUAAUGAUAUUAAUGAAGGUCAUGGGAUUCUGUUUGCAAACGGAGAAUCAUGGAAAGAGAUGAGACGUUUUGCCCUCACCACCCUGAGAGACUUUGGGAUGGGCAAAAGAGUAGCUGAGGAAAAAAUCUUGGAGGAAUGCCGCUAUCUGAUCCAAAUGUUUGAAGAGCAUAAAGGGAAACCAUUUGAUACAACAUGUCCGGUGAAUUACGCAGCAUCCAAUAUCAUCUCCUCUAUCGUGUAUGGAAGCAGGUUUGAAUACAAUGAUCCCAGAUUCAAAAACUUGGUGAGAAGAGCAAAUGAGAACAUACGCAUUAGUGGCUCUGCACCAAUCCAACUUUACAACAUGUUUCCCAGGCUGGUCAGUUGGAUCAAAAACCGGCAGCUGAUAUUAAAAAAUGCUGAAAUGACUAUCAGGGAUGUCAAAGUUUUAAUCAAGCAUCUGAAAGAGACUCUGAACCCUCACAUAUGCAGGGGACUUGUGGACUGUUUUUUGAUUCGGAAGCAGAAAGAAGAGGACUCUUCUGUUCAGGACACUUACUACAAUGAGAAAAACCUGAUAUUUACAGUGACCAACCUGUUUGCAGCUGGUACAGAUACAACAGCAACUACACUGAGAUGGGGUUUAGUGCUAAUGGCCAAAUAUCCAGAUAUACAAGACCAGGUCCAGGAGGAGCUGAGCAGGGUGGUAGGAAGCCGCCAGGUCCGGGUAGAGGACCGGAAAAACCUGCCGUACACUGAUGCUGUCAUCUACGAGACGCAGAGACUGGCCAACAUUGUCCCCAUGGCUAUUCCUCAUAAAACCACCCGAGACUUAACCUUCCAGGGCUACUCUAUCAAAAAGGGGACUACUGUGUUUCCUCUUCUUACUUCUGUCCUGCAUGAUGAGAGUGAAUGGGAGAGCCCACACACUUUCAACCCUUCCCACUUCCUGGAUAAGGAGGGUAAAUUUAUCAGAAGAGAUGCCUUCAUGCCCUUUUCUGCAGGUCGCAGGGUGUGUCUCGGAGAAAGUCUGGCUAAGAUGGAGCUCUUCCUCUUCUUCACCUCUGUCCUCCAGCACUUUCGUUUCACUCCUCCACCUGGAGUUACAGAGGAUGAACUGGAUCUGUCACCGACUGUUGGCUUCACCCUCUCCCCUUCACCUCAUGAGCUCUGUGCUGUCACUCGCCAGUGAGGAAGAGAGCUGGAGCAUGGCAUGAUAACUGCCUGUGCCAAUGGCAUCAAUAUUGUUUUACUCACCGUCAUAUGUCAUACUGAUGUUUUCAAGAUACUCAAGACCAUGAAGAGACAAGAAUACCAUUAAGAGACAGACCAUACAUUUCAGUUACUGCCAGUUACCUGAAAUGGUAUUGAGGAAAAAUUAAUGGUGUCAUAGACAGGUGGAGACACCAAUUACUCUAAAGGUUAUUUUAAUUUGUACACAUUAGAUUAAACAGUGAGUUUAUGCAUGUUUCUAGAAUGAUAUUGGUACAUUAACCUAUAUAUUCCUGCUUUUCAGCCACUGUAGAUUGUUUGUACUUGGUUUUAUAGUUUAGUAGUUUUCAAACUGGGGUCCGGUGAGUGAGUUGUAGGGGGUCCCCAGCAAAAGGAGAAUAUUUUAAUCAAAUUUUUUGGAAGUUGGAACAACAAAGGAAGAGAUAGGGUUGGCUAUUUUGAUUGAUUGUAAUUUAGAGUGAUCCUAGUUUGAUCAUUGAUUCACUAUGAAGACUUUAUUAUCUUCGAGCCCAAAAAUAAAAAAAAAAAUACUCAGAGGGGAUUCCUUAAGAUUAAAUCCUCUCAAACUGGGGGGUCCGCAGUCUAAUGUGCAUCCAUUGUGGAGUUCCUUGACAUGAAAAACUUUGGGAACCCCUGUUAUACAUUGCAAUUUGUCAAGGGUUUAAUUUCUCAAAUUGUAUCAAAUUAUAGAAAUCUUCUUAUUUAUUAUUGUAAAUGAAUUUGGACCUGCCUCGCCAUGUAGCUGACACCACCUCAACAUCUACAAUUAUAAUAAUCUACAUGUAUCUACAAUUUUUUUUAUUUUCAUCCAUGGGUCAUUUUUUCCUUCUAGUAAAAUACUUUAGUACUAAAAAAAUACUAGACACACUCUUUUCAGUGGUCGGUAAUGAUUGUCGUUCCAAUCCGUUUAACAUGCACAGGUUAGCCUUUCUCCACUGCAAGCUGACUGCUCUCUGUUUUAACUUUGCUCUAAUGUCGGUCCAUUGUUGUCCUCACCUGUUGAAGUGAUGUUGUGUUAGCGCACCAUACCAGAGGUGGUGAGAAGGGUCAUCACACCAAAAUAUAUUGUAUUAUAUUGUAUGUAAUAUGGUGAGCCUUGUUCAUCUCUGUUCACAACCUUAAUUUGUGUCAUUGAUAAGUGGAAAUUUGGACACAGCUGGUCAGGUAUCAAACUUGUGCUGCUGUUCAUAGAUGCCAUAACCGGAAGACCUAUAUCACAGAUGCUAUAAUGGAAACUGUUGUUCUAAACUUGAUCACUGUAAUGUUUAGGUCUUUAUGUCGAAAUGUAUGAUUAAACUCUGUCCAAACAA